UUUUGAAUUCUUGAUAAAAAAGUAUUUUUCGUUCUCUCUAUCUUUCUUGUUUUAAUCAUAAAUUAUAUUUAACAAAAUUAACUUACUUCUGACUCAGCAAAUUAAUAAUUAUAUAUUAUUCAUGUGAACGCUUCUUAUGUUAAGGUAAUUGCUAUACGAAACACGAUCGAUCUUACAGUGUGUCAUAAAAAUAGUGAAAUAAGAACUAUAUUUGAUAUUACUAUCGUUAUACAUUUUUUCGAGAAAAGUGAUAUUCAGAUUGAUCAAUUAAUUCGAAUAAAAUUUUCGAAUUUGUUUUUAUAACUAAUCUACGAAAAACUAGAUUCUAAUUAAUAGAAUCAAUCUAAUACCUAUCGUCUGCCACGCAGCUGUUGCAACACAAUGCAGCGAUAUGAUGUUUAUCCUAUUGUCAAAUUAUUGUUUUUUGGUUGCAAUAUCUGCAUUAACAAAUCAUAGGAAAAAAAGAAAUCAUUUGCUAAUUCAAAUGCAAUGGUUUACAUAUAUGAAUGUCAAAAACUAUCUCAUCAUGUAGUUUUACAAAUAAGAAGAGAUGCUUUGGCAUAUUCAAAAUUUUAUAAAGUUUAGUGGAAUUGGAUAUUUUUGAGCACAUAUCUGUGUUUUAUCAAAAGAAAUUUCAUAAAAAUAUAAUUAAUAGCAUUAAAAUGUCCACAUUAAAAUUGAGCAUGCAAGAUAAAAAGGAUUUGGAUAAAUUCACCAAAUUUUUGGCAUUAAAAGCUGCUCAAAUUAUUGUGCAGUCGAGGUCAGGUGAAAAGGUCAGCACAAAGUGCAAGCCAAAUUCAUCUGGAACAGAUUGGUUUAAUCUUGCUAUUCAUGAUCUACCAGAAGUUUUGGCUGAAGCCAAAAGAGUAUUAUGUGGAGAAAUAAUAAAUUCAACCAUACCUCUUUGUAUUGAAAUUUCAUUAAGAACCGUUGAAGGUGAUACAAUGGUUUUAGAAACAUGGAGCCUAGGUGUUUUGCCAGAGCAUAGUGAUCCCACUGUAAGAGUAACUUACACAGUAUAUAACAGAAUGGGUAUUUUACUCAAAUCAUUAUUAUCUGUAUCAAGAAUUACUCCAGCUUAUAAAUUGAGUAGAAGACAAGGUCCAGAUUCCUAUGUUAUUUGUUAUAGAAUUUAUAUGGGAGAACCUCAGCUACAUACAUUAGGUGAUAAUUAUAAACACGUUAGAGUGGGUCAAUUGUGUACACCAGUGGGGACAAUUCAUUUAUCAGUAUCAUAUAGAACAAAAAUGACUAUAUCUCCUACUCAUACUGGGCGUGAUUCAAUAAUGUUAAAAAGUGAUCAUUUUCAUUCUGACUUAAGUCCUCGUCAUGCUAGAUAUCAACAAAGUGAAGAAACUUCAAAAUCCCUUAGUGAUACUAUUAAAGUUGGAGCAUUUGUAGUCAAUAAACCUGUUACUGUUAAUGAAGAAAACUUUGUUAUACCAGAUGUACCUUUUAGUUCUUUAUUAGCUCCUAGACAAACUUCACCUCCUCCAGUCUCAGCAACAGAGACUACAUGUACAAAGACUGCAACAACAAAUAUUACUACAGAUAGCAGCAAUGGAAAUAAUGAAAGACUUACAAAUGAUAAUGCAACGUCGAAAUGCAACUCGCAAAAUGGAUCAAGAAGAAGUAGUUGCUCAAUGGCUAGUGCCAACGACGAUUUUAUCAUGGUAGAUUUGAAAACUCCUUUCGCCGUUACAAAUACUAAUAGCGAUUUAGGAGCAUUUUAUCGUGAAUGUCAAAGUGCACCUCAACUUCAAGCCUUUAUGGAGGAAAGAACGCUUGCAGAACAAGUAGGAGAUCUUACAAAACAGUUGGAAACAUUUGAAACUAAUAUGCGGCGGUAUGAGGAUAUUCUGUCGUCAUUAUGUCAAACAGAAAAUAAUAAUUAAUCAAAAUCAAACAAUGCAAUGUUAGGUGCUUCAAUGAAAACUGUUAAUAUAUACAACCAGCAUAUAGUGUCUCAUUAUAGAUUUAUGCGAUUUUCAUUAUACACAUCACAAUAUUUCAACAAAAAUAUUUCAAUAAAAUUUUAAGCUAUUGCUUAUGAUCAUUUAUAAGUGAAUUGGAUUUAAUAGUUUAAUACAUUUAGAUAAACAUUUAUCUAUAAAUUGAGAAUGAAAUAAUUAAAUUAUAUUGUCAAUGUAACUUAUAUUUGAUAUAUAUAGCUUAUCAAUGUACUUUUUUUUUUACA